AUGACCGAAAUCACCAACUCCGCGGCUAUGAUCGGUGACUGCACACAUACUGUCUCGUCUUCCCUUGUGGUCAAGCUUCCAUCAUCCCAAAAUGCCUGUCCAAUAUGUGUAAUCACCUCUCAAAUGGCUGCAGUUCGAGCGGCCCAGAAUCACUUCCUGACGCGUGGAGGCGUCUUCAUGUCCAGUUCAGGUGACGUUAAAAAGCACGUCAUCGCUACAAGGUACUGGAAAAAGACGAAGAUUGCGCUGGCAAAUACCAUCAUCAAGUUUGAAAACUUGCUCAACAAGCCCGGCUUGCCAGUUGAAGACAUGGCAAGGCUGAGCGAAGCACUGGAAAUAUGGGAUGACCAAAAAAUAUUUCUGGGUAGAGUGCCAGGUCUGAGAUAUGUUAGAGGGCCGAAUACACCUGUACCUACAGAAGAGGAUAGGGAACGUGCAAGAGUAUUCAUGAACUGGGUACGAAAUACAAUGAAGAGGGAGAUGAUACUGAGCGCUAUAAGAGAAAAAGCCAGGUCGGUAUCGGCUCGACCGCCUGACAAAGACCUCCCCGGAUGGCAACUUGUAGAACCCAAGUCAUUUCCUAAUCCAAUCUCCUCAGCAAUCCUCGCACACACAAGAGACGGGAACCACACCUUCAUCAACCUCCCUCACAACCACCACGACCACCCCCCCCCCAAAUCCGUCUUCCAAGCCCUCCGCACCCUCAUCGCCCCGAAACCCUCCAACCCCAUCCCCUACCGCAAACACGUCCGCAUCUCCCCCUUCGCAACCAUCUCUUCGGAGCACCUCUCCACCGCCAACCCCUCACCCUUCAAAUCCCUCUCACGCACCUGCGCCACCGCCCCGCACUCCAUCCACACCACUGCCGAGCACAAGCGCCACAAAUACGCAUACUUCCGACGACACCCAACCUACGCGCCUGGAGCGUGGGCGUCCGUCGAGGGGUCAAGAAAGGCGAAUACGAGUUUCUAUCAUGCGAAGCCGUGGGCGGUGGAAAUGUAUGUGGGUAGGGAGUUGAAGAGGGAGGAGAGGGAGAGGAAGGUUGCGGUGCAGUUGGGGAGGGAUGGCCGGGAGUGGAUGGUUGCGCUGGGUGAGGUGCGGAAGAUGGAUGUGCAGGGGAUGAGGUUGGAGAGGUUAGUUGUUUGGCUUUCAGGGUUCGGAGAUGGGUAA